GGCGCAUGCGCGAGGCGGUGGUUCCGGGGUGGAGUGGAGGACCUCGCGUGUCGCCCAUGGGGCUCCUUAAAGGCGCCGCCACCCGCGGCCCUCCCGGUGCUGAGGGACGGCAGAGUCGUGCAGGGCCGGCAUGAGCAGGAGGGCAGCACCAUGGCUGAGAAGACAUCGCCGGGCCCCAGUGGGGCCAUCACACCCCUGCAGCAGAUGUUGGCCUCCGGGACGGGUGCCAUCCUCACCUCCCUCUUUGUGACACCCCUGGAUGUGGUGAAGAUUCGACUGCAGGCCCAGAGGACGCCCUUCUCCAAAGCGUGGUUGGUGCGGUCGGUGCCGCAGAGCUCACAGCAUGCCACGUGGAAGUGUUUCCUCUACUGCAAUGGCCUCAUGGAUCAUCUGUACGUCUGUCAGAACGGCAACGGCUGCACCGCCUGGUACAAGAGCCCCACCAACUUCAACGGCACAUUGGACGCCUUUGUGAAGAUCACACGCCACGAGGGCAUCAGGUCCCUGUGGAGCGGGCUCCCCCCUACGCUGGUGAUGGCUGUGCCAGCCACUGUCAUUUAUUUCACCACCUACGACCAGCUCCGUGAUUACCUGCAGGCCAGCACCGGCAGCCGGGGCCACCACAUCCCACUGCUGGCGGGGGCCCUCGCCCGGUUGGGUGCUGUGACACUGAUCAGCCCCUUGGAGCUGAUCCGCACCAAGAUGCAAUCCCGACAGCUCAGCUACCGCGAGCUGCGUGUCUGCAUCCAGUCAGCGGUGGCUCAGGAUGGCUGGCUGUCCCUAUGGAGGGGAUGGGGGCCCACGGUGCUGCGGGACGUCCCCUUCUCUGCUCUCUACUGGUUCAACUACGAGCUGGUGCGGGAAUGGCUAUGCAGGCACACCCGGCUGGAAGAGGCCACCUUCAUGCUCAGCUUCGUGUCCGGGGCCAUCUCUGGGACGGUGGCUGCUGUGCUGACGCUGCCCUUCGACGUGGUGAAGACCCAGCGGCAGAUCCAGCUGGGAGACAGCGAGAUGCACCCAGCUGCAGCCUCCAAGCCUUCAUCCACCUGGCUGCUCCUGCGGCGUAUCCGUGCUGAGUCUGGCACACGGGGGCUGUUUGCAGGUUUCCUGCCCCGUGUCAUUAAGGUGGCACCCGCCUGUGCCAUCAUGAUCAGCACCUACGAGUUUGGCAAAGCCUUCUUCCAGAAGCUGAACCAGGAGCGGCAGCUGCGUGGGCUGUGAGUGCUGGGAGCUGGGAGCUGUGCCCCAUGGAGCGGGGCCGGAGCCAGCCCUGCUGCUGGCCCAAGUGCCUUCCCAUGGUGUUGCACAGCAUGGACGUGGCUCCAUUGUGCCAUGCUGGGGACAUUGGAGCUCACUGUGGGGAUGCAGCCCUGCGUGGCCGUGCCUGCGCUCACCCCGGGGCUGUGCUCAUGCUGCUGCUGGACUCUGGGUGCUCCCAUGGGGCUCAAUGAUGGACCAAGCCCUGGGGCUGCUCCGUGUGCCUGAGCCCUGCUGUGUCCAACCAUCCGGCCCUUCCUCAUUACGCACAGCCUGCCCUAUAGCCCUGCACGGCGUGGGGCCUCCCCACAGCUCUGCCUGCAGACAUUUCCUCCUCCUCAGGACCUUCCCGGCCCCAUAUUGCCCUGGGUUUGGACCCUUGUUGUAGGGACAGCCCUCCCUGCUGCUCCGAGGGGCCAGGCUGGGAUCUGUGACCUGACCCUUCACCACGAGGGUCUGCCCUAUGUGGGAGCUGCCCUCCACCUUGCUAUGGGGGGCAGUUUCUCUUAUUUUCUUAAAUAAAACUCAAGCCAACUCCGA